AUGGAGAACACAGUGUACGGUAAAUUACUUAUUGGGUCCCUUAAUAUUAAUGGUUUGAAUAAUAAACUAGUAGUGCUACUAAGAGAUUAUGCGUCCAUGAAAUUAGACAUCAUUGGCAUUCAGGAGACUCAUAAUCCAGGAAAUACUACGGCUGACUUUAAUGAAUAUAAGUUGUUUUGUUCUGGUAUCACCCUUAAUAGCUGGUAUAAUAUCAUAAUCUUAGGAGACUUGAGAAUUGGCAAAAACGAGGAAUAUGAUAAUAAUAUUAUUGGAAGUGCCAGCAUGCAGCAAAUCAAUAAGGAGGAUAGCAUCAGAUUACUGGAUUUUUGCAGAACCAAAAAUCUGAAAAUAGUGAACACCUUUUUCAAUCAUAACGAGAUAAACACGUUUACUUUCAUGAGAGCUAAUCAAAAAUCUCAAAUAGAUUUUUUCAUAUCAAAUAUCCAUGAAUGGUUCGAGGAUGUUAAAGUGUCCACGAACAUCAAAUUAUCAGAUCAUAGAUUGGUAGUCGCAAAGAUGUUUGUAAAAAAUAUAUGGAAAUAUCAUCACAAAAAUAGCCCAAAUACACUAGGCUACAGAGUAAACUCUCUUAAACCCAUACUUCCAAGAAAACAAAUAAAGGCACAUUCACACGAAAAUCUACAAAUACUAGAUCAAGCGUUAAAAAGGAAAAGAGACAUUUUUUUAAAUACGACCGAAAAUAGAAAUGUAAAUGCUGUUUGGAAUCUUUUUAAAAGAAACAUCAUAGAGUCACACAAUACACUACCAAAUGUGAAUAUCUUUCUAAGGAAGGAAUGGAUAACAAACGAGACAGUAAUCAAAAUAAAUCAACUUAGAGAAGGAAAUAUUUUAAACAAAGACUUAUGGAAGGACAUACAAAAACGUUUGAGGAGUGAUAGAAGGACAUACAUUGCUAAGAAAGCUUUUGAAAUAGAUAAAGAUAUGAAGGACAAUAGAAUAUAUGAUGCAUAUAACAAACUGAACUAUUUUUGUAAACCCUACAGUUUUAAAAAAAUCCCAUCUCUAGUUCUAAAAAACGGAAAACAAGAUGAACAAUUAGCUUUAUGGGUAGAUUACUAUAUGAGGGUCUUUGACUCAAGAAAAGCCUUCUGCCAAACAAGCACAAGCGUACGCUCAAUCCCGCCUCCGUCUGGUUUUUCCACCGAUGAAAUAAAGAAAGCUAUCACUAAACUAUGUAAUAAUAAUAAAGCUCCUGGGCUUGACGAAAUAACUGCCGAACAUCUAAAAAGUGCAUCAAACACUAUAUCUUCCUAUCUAUUACCCCUCUUUAACAAAAUCUGGGAUAGUGGCGAAACUCCUAAAGAAUGUAAUAUCUCUUUAUUAUGUAAUUUUCCCAAAAUAAAAGACCCAAAAAGCUUCAAAGAUUAUCGGGCUAUUGCCCUAACAUUUACUGUUUCUAAAAUAUUCAUGGUUCUGAUAAAGAACAGAAUUUUGUCAUCUCGGCCAACCUUACUUCCGAAAUAUAUUUGUGCCUACAGGCCAAAGAGAAAUAUGCUAGAACUAAUUUUAGCACUAAAAAUAAUAAUACAAAAAUGUUGGAAAUACAAAAUUAACGCCUACCUCAUCUUAUGUUGA